AUGGUUUUUGUUUUAUCUUCAAAACCAAGAGUGUUUCUUGUGGCAAGCAGAAGUAUUCUGACAGGUAGGCGUUUGGCUUCCAAUAGCCAAAGGUUUUUAAAAUCAGCUUCAGAUGAAGUUCGUUCUACUAAAAGUAAAGAAAAGCUGUAUGGGAAUCAUAAACUAUCAAGAAGAAGAAAUGUUGCACUUGUUUCUGGCAUUAUAAUAGUAGGAUCAUUUAUAUCAUUCAAUCAUGCAAACUAUUAUAACUUGGAUACCUUACCUCCAAAUAGCGGCGCUCCAGGGUUUAAUUCCAAAUUCUUUCCUCUCCCAUCGAAAGGCAAAUUUGCAGAUGACCAAAGAUAUUUCUCAACGUCAACAUCCUCCAUGCAUCAAAAAAAUGGUAUUGGAAGCCAACAACAUAAAGAAGGCAUAUAUUUGUUGAAUGAAGAACAGGUGAGCGCUAAAUUAAGGCAAUACGAAGAAAGCUAUAUUGUUAAUAGAGGUAAAGGAGUGACGCGAUAUGAUAUCUGUCAAUUGCCCUCAAAUUCUCCUAUAGAAGAUGACCGUGCUGAGGAAAUUGUUCAGGUGCCAAUUUUACAAGAUAACAACGUCAAGGCAUCUACUGACUGGAUGUUUUUUGGCGUGUAUGAUGGCCACGGUGGUUGGACUACCAGUAGCAAAUUGAGAGAUCAGUUGAUUAGCUCCGUAAUACACGAGUUUGGUACUAUCUUCAAGCCAGCUAGCGAGGACAACUUGAGAUACGUUCCCAAUAGUGCAACAAUUGAUCAAGCUAUUAAGAACGGGUUUUUAAAAUUAGACCAUGAAAUUGUAAAUAAAAAUAUUGAGAAGCUCUUAACUGAUAAUAACAAGGCCAAAGCAGCUGAAUUAUUAAUGCCGGCCCUCUCAGGGUCCUGUGCUUUACUUUCCUUCUACGAUACAAACUCCAAGAUGCUUAAAGUUGCGGUAAGCGGUGACUCGAGGGCUCUUCUUGGUUCAUUUAAAGACAACCGUUGGACUGUUAGACAGUUAAGUAUUGACCAAACAGGUUCAAAUCCUACCGAAGUUGCUCGUGUCAUCAGUGAACACCCUGAUGAACCAAAUGUUGUGAAAAAUGGAAGAGUUCUUGGUACCCUUGAGCCAAGCAGAGCAUUUGGAGAUUGCCGUUAUAAAUUACCGCGUUCAAUUCAAGAAAGAAUUUAUAAACAGUUUUUCGGCAGGACCUUACCUCAUAAUCUCAACUCACCACCGUAUGUGACAGCUGAGCCUGUCAUAACUACCACCAAAAUCAAUCCCAAAGAUCAUGAUUUCCUUGUUAUGGCUUCAGAUGGUCUCUAUGAAAUGUUGUCGAACGAAGAGAUUGUUGGAUUGGUAGUGAAAUGGAUGGAGAAAGAAAAAAUGGUUAAACCUCAAAAUUCGUUUUGGAGCUACUUUGGUUCUUCAGAAAAUAAACUCCCUGAGGUUUCAGAUAUCACAAAUGAUAAAUCUUCCAAACAGCCUUUUAGGAAAUCCAAACAUUCUAAUGGGUUUUUGUUAGAUGACAAAAAUGUCUCUACACAUCUAAUUAGAAAUGCUUUAUCUAAUGGCGGCUCGAGGGAACAAACCUCAAUGUUAAUAUCUAUUCCAAAUCCUGUAUCAAGACGUUACAGAGAUGAUCUAACUGUUACAGUUGUAUUUUUCGGGAAUGAUCCCAAAGGCGAAGAUGACUCAGGCAAGUUGGAGAUAAAUGCAGCUGCUACAGCAGGAGGUGUGGAUUCUACGAAGCCAAAACUUUAA